AUGGAUACCGCAAGCUCUGCCGAGAAUUCCAGAGAGGGCCUCAACCCCUCGGUCUCGUCAUGCUAUCCGGCCUCACACACCAAGGACGACCUCCGCGAGGGCGCCAUCCGGGCGACGCACGACCAGCACUCGACGACGUUUGUCGAGGCCAUACGGCGGUACCCCAAGGCAGCAGCGUGGUCAGCGGUGGUGACGCUAUCCAUCAUCAUGGACGGGUACGACACGGCGCUCAUGGGCAACAUGUUUGGCUUUCCCGCCUUUCAGAGGGUGUACGGGUACAUGAUCGGGAGCACGGGUUCCUACACGCUCAGCCUGCAAUGGCAGAUUGUGCUCGGCAUGGCGACGCCCAUGGGCAACAUGGUGGGAAUAUACCUCAACGCGCUGCUGGGGGAGCAUCUGGGGCAUAAGCCUGUGUUUCUGGGGUCACUGGUGCUGCUGUCCGGCCUGAUCUCCAUCUUGUUCUUUGCGACGUCGCUUCCCGUGCUGUUUGCCGGCCAGAUCCUGUGUGGUGUGCCAUGGGGCGUCUUCACGACGCUGGCACCCGGGUACGCCUCCGAGGUGGUGCCCCUCGCCCUCCGCAGCUACCUGGAGACGUGGGUCAUGUGCUGCUGGGGCAUCGGCCAGCUCAUAUCAUACGCCGUCCUGCUGGUCCUCAACGGGUGGGACAGCCAGUGGGCGUACCGCGUCCCCUUUGCCAUACAGUGGGUAUGGCCCGUCAUCAUCAUCCCUGCCGCCGUCUUCUGCCCCGAGUCUCCAUGGUGGUACGUCCGCAAGGGCAUGCACGACGACGCGGAGCGCUCCGUUCGACGACUUACGUCCGGCCCCACAUCCGAACGGGUGGCCGAGGAGGCCAAGAAUGCCGUGGCGCUCAUGGUCGAGACGGACCGCCUAGAGCAGGAAAUGUCAAAGGACACAUCGUACCUUGCGUGCUUCCGUGGAUCGGACCUACGCCGCACAGAGGUCGCUUGCGUCUCCUGGGGCGCCCAGGUCCUGACCAACUUCAUCAUCCUGCGCUACUCGAGCUACUUCUUCCAGCUCGCGGGCCUCACAGCAGACGCCUCCUUCAAGGUGACGGUUGGCAUGGGCGGCAUCCACAUCGUCUUCAACCUGCUGUCCGCCCCGCUGACGGGAAACUACGGCCGCCGCACGCUUUUCCUGUGGGGCUGCGCGGCCCUCACCCUCCCGACAACGACGCUCGGCCUCCUCGCCCUGGCCCCGCAGAGUGCCAAGCUUGGUUCCGCCACGUCGGCAGUCUACCUCGCCUGGUUCGCGGUGUGGUGUCUCACCCUCGGCCCGCUCCCCUACGUCAUCAACGGCGAGGUGUCGUCCACCCGGCUCCGCUCAAAGACCCUGGCCCUCGCCAGGGCGACGAACCUCGUCAUGCAGAUCAUCAACAGCGUCGUAGCACCCUACAUACUCAACCCGCAGUCGGGUGACUGGCGUGGGAAAGCCGGCUUCCUCACUGCCGCACUGACCGUCCUCUCCUUUACCUGGGGCUACUUCCGUCUGCCCGAGACUGGGAGACGCACCUUUGAGGAGCUCGACAUCCUCUUCUCGGAGAGGGACCUGCCCGCUAGAAAAUUUGCCAAGGCCGUCAUCCACAGGCACAGCCAGACCAAUACUGUCAUGGCACCCGGGUAUUCAUCUUCUACCGCCUGA